UGCCCAGAGGAGUAUCACUUUAGAGUGUUGUGUUUUAUACUACGUUUAGCGUUCGAUCCAGCUAAAUCGCUUGCUAAAGUGUAGGCUGUAUAACGCACGGUAAAUGGUAUCAUUUUAAUACCGCUAUUUUGGCUUCUCUACACCGAAAAAUAGUCUGCAAUCGUUAAAGAAAAGAAUAUAAAAUGUCGCCCUUAACAGCGAAAAUGAUGAAGGCAGAAUAAGAAAAUCGCAACCGUGAAUCGAAGUCAAUUAACAAUAUAGUUCGCGAAAAACAGUUCUUCCUGCAGAUCAAUAAAUUCAGACUGGUCAUUGGGAUGAUAUACUAUGAGCAGCAGGCGAAGCCUGCUAGUACGCCGCCGUGGAAUAUCAUGGCUCCGGAACAGCGUGCUUCUGUUUAUUGUCGUAUUCGUUUGGCUCCAGCUAAACUUUCUAAGCUUAAGAAACUCAUCCGAUACCGGCCAGGAAAUAAAUGAUUCAUACGCAGCAAUUCUUAGUAUGGUUCCUUCCCUUCUGCAUAAGUUCCUUACACCUAGGCCUUUUAAUCGGUCCCUUUCAAAUCUAACUAUCGGUAACCUAUUUUCUAAAUCUUCCCUCAACAUUUCCGAAAUGAAAUAUUUCAUUAACAGAUACAACAAAGAGCAAACAGUUAUCAAUGAAAAUAUUUUUGGUCCAUUGCAGAAUGAUUCGAUUGUAAUCGUAGUGCAGGUACACGAUAGAAUAAAUUACCUCAGGCAUCUUAUAGUAAGCCUAGCCCAAGUUACUGAUAUAGCUCAGGUACUGCUUAUAUUUUCACAUGAUUUUUAUGACGAAGAAAUUAACGGGCUGGUUCAAAGCAUCGAUUUUUGCAAAGUAAUACAAAUUUUUUAUCCAUUUUCAAUUCAAACACAUCCAAACGAGUUCCCUGGUGAAGAUCCUAAAGACUGCCCACGUAACAUGAAGAAAGAAUUGGCUGUGGCUAGGAAAUGCAAAAAUGCGAUGUAUCCUGAUCACUAUGGACAUUAUCGAGAGGCAAAAUUUACGCAAACAAAGCACCACUGGUGGUGGAAAGCGAAUAGAGUGUUUAAUGAAUUGGAAAUUAUGAAAAAUUACACAGGUUUGGUGGUUCUUCUAGAGGAGGACCAUUACGUCGCUGAAGAUUUUCUUUAUGUGUUAAAAAAAAUGGAACAAGCGAGUAAGGAUUCAUGUCGCUACUGCAACAUGUUAUCCCUAGGGAACUAUUUGAAAACUUAUAAUUAUUACAGCGACUCCAGAAAAGUGGAAGUAACACCUUGGAUAAGUAGCAAGCACAAUAUGGGGAUGGUUUUUAAUCGUAGCACGUGGGUAGAAAUAGUUGGCUGUGCUGAAUUCUUUUGUAAAUAUGACGACUACAACUGGGAUUGGUCCUUGCAACAGGUAUCCCAAAAUUGUCUAAAGCACAAAUUGCAUACAAUGGUGGUGAGAGCACCCAGGGUUUUCCAUAUUGGAGAAUGCGGGGUUCACCACAAUAAAAGCAAUUGUCUUUCGACAGCCAUAAUUUCAAAGGUUCAACAGGUUUUGAAGUCAGCAAAGAAAUAUUUGUACCCGUCCUAUCUUACAUUAAGUUACACUACAGUCUUAAAAAAGGCGAAACUACGCAAAGGGAAUGGGGGUUGGGGUGAUAAAAGGGAUCACAUACUAUGUCUCGCAAUGGCCCUCAAAUAUGUUUAAUGAUGCUUUUGCUCAAAGUCUUGAAGAUGUUGAGAUUUUUAUUCACUCUUUUUCGAAAUUUUAUUGAC